AUGUCGCCCGCCAUCGCGGCUAAGGAGGGCGGCCGGCAGCGCCGGGCCGGGAGCCACCACCACUGCCUGGACGUGAGGAGCGAGGCGCCGCCCGCCCUGGCGCUGUGUGGGGACGGGCUGCCGGGCGGCGAGGCCGAGGCGCUGCUGCCGGCGGAGGCGGGUUUGCGGGGUUCGCGGGGGUGCCGGGCGGAGCUGGGCAGCAUCCUGCUGCUGCUGGUGCUGUACGUGCUGCAGGGCAUCCCGCUGGGGCUGGCGGGCAGCGUCCCCCUCAUCCUGCAGAGCAAGAGUGCCAGCUACACCGACCAGGCCUUCUUCAGCUUCGUCUUCUGGCCCUUCAGCCUCAAGCUCCUCUGGGCCCCCUUGGUGGACGCCGUCUACCUGCGGGGCUUUGGCCGCCGCAAGUCCUGGCUGGUGCCCACGCAGUACGUCCUGGGGCUCUUCAUGAUCUACAUGUCCACCCAGGUGGACAUGCUGCUGGGCGACGGGGAGGGCCGGGGCCCCGACGUGGUGGCCCUCACCGUGACUUUCUUCCUCUUCGAGUUCCUGGCGGCGACGCAGGACAUCGCGGUGGACGGCUGGGCCCUGACCAUGUUGUCCAGGGAGAACGUGGGCUACGCCUCCACCUGCAACUCCGUGGGCCAGACGGCCGGCUACUUCUUGGGCAACGUCCUCUUCCUGGCCCUCGAGUCGGCCUCCUUCUGCAACAAGUACCUGCGGUUCCAGCCCCAGCCCCAAGGGAUUGUUACCCUCUCAGGUACUGCCUGGAACCUGAGCGCCGGGAUGGCGGUGGCCGGGCUGCUGGUGCUGGCCCGCAGCGUCCGCAUGACAGCAAAGUUUACAAGUGCUUUGGAUAUACCUGUGGAGUUUGUAGAAAAGAAUGUGAAGUUGCGGGGAAAAUUUCAUCGCGUAACUGAGAAAGGCCUGGAAGUUGAACACAUUCCCAUUAGCAUUCCUUUCAUUACAUCGAUUCAGAGAAAAUGGCAAUCAAAAGGUCUUCUGCUGGUAAGGCUUGCUGGAGUGGAGUUGGCUCCGACCGGCGUGGCCUGGUUACAGCGAGAGUUGAAACCCGAACAAAUGAUAUGGUUCCAACUUCUUGGAAGGGAGGACUUGUCACUCGACUGCCUUGUUUUAGUAAAUAAGGGUCGAUUUCUCAGCGUGUGCUUAAAUGAAGAGCUCUUGAGACAAGGGCUUGGCAGAACAGCACGUAUUGAAGGACUACAUCAUGAUUCCCGCCUGUACUGGAAACUUCACAAAAGACUGCUUCGAGCAGAGUUAAAGGCCUUGAAGAAAAAUAAAGGAAUAUGGAAAGAAGAAAGCUACUCUGAAAGAAUCAGAGAUCGUAUAAGCAACAAUAAAUUUGUACAGACAUUGAAACAAUUUGCAAGCUGGUUAAGAAGCUCUAUUCAAAGGUAAAAAGGGAGACUUGCUUGGAGGAAUGCCAGUUACCUAUGUUAUGCGCUUUACGUAAAGUGUAAGUUUAUGAUAAAAAACAGUGCCAUGAUUUCAAGGGUCCCUGUCUUGAACAGAAAACCCAUAGUUACUUCAUGCCAUAUUAUAACCCCUAUGAGAUUGAAAUUUAGUAGUAGCACGCAGGCCACAAAUUAAAAUGUUCUGAAGCCGAACUUUUUCACAAUGACGACCUAAGUUAGUUGUCCAGUUUUCCACCUGCUAAACACCUACACAGCUCUGUUAACUGCCUAGUGAAAGCAGUCGACAGUCCAGUUUUUAGGGAGGUGCAGAGUGUUAGUUCAGCAUGUUGGGCCUUAAAUGCUUCUCUGUUACAUGUCAUUACUACGUAGCUCACAUUGGUUAGAAAACUCCAUUUCAGACCUUUACAAAGCUUGUGGUAUGUGUUUACACACGAGCAUUUUGUUUGAAUUCUGUUCUAACACUGCUUUUGUGUAUAAUUUGUGUUUCAAAAAUCUUUCAUCUUGAAUAAUGGGUUGCAUUGUUACCAAUAUAAAAGGUAAUUUGUUACAGCUGAUCUUAAAAAGCUGAUAAGGUCAUAACAAAUAAACGUUCUUGGGGGAAAAAAAAACCCAACAGUUGGUAUAUCAAGAAUAUAAAUUAAUAUGUCAGUAAUCCAAAUUUUUAGAAGACAAC